AUGUCGCAGGACUCGCACGCUUCCGCCUCGCUGGCGUACGCCUCGGCGCACGACUACAGCGACGUUCCGCCAAGCCGCAGCGCCUCAGUCGCAGGCCACUAUCCGGGCGCCCAGCAGUCACAGCAGCCUCCGUAUCACCAGCAGUACGCCGGACAGCAACAGCACCAGGCCUAUCAGCAGUACGGCCAGCAGCAGCAGCAGCCACAGCCCCCUCAGCGGCCAUACACACCCUCGGGCUCUCCCUACCAGGGCUACUACCGCAGUCCGGGCCAGCCGCAGGGUGCCGGUGCCAACCUGUCGCGCACCGGCGGCAGCGUCGGCUCCUCGGGCUCUCAGCAGUACUACCCGUCGGACUCGAGGCAGGCCUACAUGCACAGCCCGCAACAGAUGCCGGUGCGGUACACGGCCGACCACGCUCCCAAUGGGCGGCAACCCACCCGCAACUUUACGCAGCCACCGCCGCAUCACCAGCAUCAGCAGCACCAGCAACCGCACCAGCACCAGCCGCAACAGGCACAAGACGGCCUGUAUCGGCAGUCAAACAUGUCGAUGCCCGCUCUUGACCCCGGCAAUGGUGCAGACGCCUCGCGUGCCCCGCCAUUGGCCGACGACCUCGGCGACAGUUUCGCAAACAUGCGGCUGCUGGCGACGCCCAGCUUCGGGCCGCAGAGAUCCAAGAGCCCGGCGCCGGGAGGGGCAAGCCGAGGCAAUCCCGGAAUCGGCUCGGUCCGCGCCAAUGCGGCCUAUGCCAACCAGGAGAUCCACCAGUCGGCGGCCGAGGUGCAGCCCGAAAACUCGCUCGCGGCCAUCGCCGCAGAGAUCGACCAGACCGCCGCCGAUCUCGACCACGGCAACGGCAACCGGUCGAGCGGGCACGGCCAGCAUGCUCCCGGCGACGGCAGCCCGGCGGCUCCUCAGGACUGGCAGUCUCAGCAAGGGUACGGCGGUGGGGUGCGCCACCACUCGGCUCCCGGCGACGGCUUCCAGCCGGGCAUGAUGGGCGGAUCGAUGGACGGACACGAUCAGCGCUCGUCGCAGCAGCACCAGUACCAGCAGCAGCCGGGGCAGGGGGGCUACGAUGCUGCAUCGGCGGCCUACUACGGCGGCGGACCACCGGGAGCCGCUGGCUACGCUUCGAGCGGCUACCAGCCGCACCAGGGCAACGGGUACGCCUUUGCGCAGCCGUACGGAGGCGCUGUGAGCGGCGUCAACGGCUACGACGCCAACCCGUACUUCCAGGCGGCGCAGGGCUACCUCGGGUACCCCGAAGGUCACCAGCCUGCCUUCCCGCCCGGCGUCGCGGGCGGCUCGGACAUGUACGGGGGUGCGAUGGGCGGCAUGAGCCUGGGCGCCGCCGGAGCGGGGCGGCCGAACAUGCUGAGCCGGCAGGGCACGCAGCUCAGCAUGGCCAGCAUGGGCAGCGCGGCGUCGAACCCGCGUCGAAAGAGCAAGGACGCGGCGCCGCAGCAGACGCUGCCGUUCAACAAGGCGUUUGUCAACGAGUACCGGCAGCGGAUGAAGGGCGACCCGGACCCCGAGGCGCAGUUUGCGUUUGCCAAGUACCUCAUCGAGGCGGCCAAGAAGGUGCACGACCCGGCCGACGGACCCAAGCAGCAGCGCAAGUACCGCGACGCGCUGCUCGCCGAGAGCCUCAAGCUCAUCAAGCGCCUCGCCACGGCCGGCAUGGGCGUGGGCAAGCCGCCGUACGCCGAGGCGCAGUUCUUCCUCGCCAACUGCUUCGGCAACGGAUCGCUGGGCCUCCAGGUCGACCACGAAAAGGCCUACAACCUCUACGUCCAGGCGUCGAAGCAGAACCACCCCGCCGCCACCUACCGCACCGCCGUGUGCAACGAGGUGGGCGCCGGCACGAGGCGCGACCACCACCGCGCGGUGCUCUUCUACCGCAAGGCCUCGGCGCUCGGCGACACGGCGGGCAUGUACAAGCUGGGGAUGGUGCUGCUCAACGGGCUGCUGGGCCAGCCGCGCAACAUCCGCGAGGCCAUCGUGUGGCUCAAGCGCGCUGCGGCCCAGGCCGACGACGACAACCCGCACGCGCUCCACGAGCUCGGGCUGUUGCACGAGAAGCCCAACAGCACCGUCGUGGUCCACGACGAGGCGUACGCGCGCGAGCUCUUCACCCAGGCGGCCCAGCUGGGCUACGCGCCGAGCCAGUUCAAGCUGGGCUGCGCGUACGAGUACGGCUCGCUGACGUGUCCCGUCGACCCGCGGCGGAGCAUCGCGUGGUACACAAAGGCGGCGGGCAAGGGGGACGGAGAGUCGGAGCUGGCGCUGAGCGGCUGGUACCUGACGGGUUCCGAGGGCGUGCUCAAACAGUCGGACUCGGAGGCGUACCUGUGGGCGCGCAGGGCGGCCACCAAGGGCAUCGCCAAGGCCGAGUACGCCGUGGGCUACUACUCCGAAGUCGGCAUCGGCGUCACGGCCGACCUCGACGAGGCCAAGCGGUGGUACAUGCGUGCGGCGGCCCAAGGCAACAAGCGGGCGAUGCAGCGUCUGACGGAGCUCAAGAAGAUGAAGGGCCAGGCGGGCAAAAAGGGCGCUCGGCCCACGCGCAAGGACGCCGAGUCCGAGUGCGUCAUCGCCUAG